GAGAGUGAGAGAGGGGGAGAGAAGAGGGAGAGCAGAACGCAGCAGAGAAAAAAGGGAGCGCAGGUUUCAGCUUUUUUUCUUUGAUUUGUGGUUUGCAGGAGAAGAGGCUGCAGCGCAGAUUCCGCGGAGACAUUGGGAACAUGCAAGGUGCACGCUGACCAGAGGAAAUAUGUUAACAUUGCCAUUCGAGGAAUCUCAUAUGAUGUGUGAGCCGCGGUUUGGUGCCAAUUUUCCCCGUGAAAGCUUACCUGAGAGCCUGGAGCAGGAACGACAGCACAACCCGGAGAGGUCCAACUCAGACAUGAGGGAGGCCGAGAACGAGCUGUCCGACCAUGAGGAAGACGAGAGGGAGGAGGACCAGGAUGAGGACGGGCUCCCUAAAAAGAGAGGCCCGAGGAAAAAGAAACUGGGGAAGGAGCAGAUGGACCGGUCCAAAUUCCGGCGCAAUGAGGCCAACGCCCGGGAGCGCAGCCGGAUGCACGGCCUGAACGCCGCGCUGGAGAGCCUGCGUAAAGUUGUGCCGUGCUACUCCAAAACUCAAAAACUGUCCAAGAUUGAAACCCUCAGAUUGGCCAAGAACUACAUCUGGGCCCUGUCAGAGACUCUGAGUGCAGGGAAAAGACCGGACCUCCUCAACUUCGUGCAGACUUUGUGCAAAGGAUUAUCUCAGCCAACGACCAACCUUGUGGCCGGGUGUUUGCAGCUCAACGCCAGAAAUUUCCUCACAGACCACAACGGGGAGGUCAUGUUCUCUGGCAGGUCGCCUUAUGAUGCCAUGUACUCGUACCCGGGCUCAGACAUGAACACGCCCCCCGGACACAGCGCGAGCAACUUGGACACCGGCGCCAAACCCUUCAGACACUACAACUACAGCGGCGCAUACGAGUCUUACUACGAGAAUCCGUCCCCGGAGAGCGCGAGCCCCCAUUUCGAUAGCCAGCUGAGCCCCCCUAUGAACUUUAACGGGAUUUUCUCCCUCAAGCACGACGAUCCGCCAGACUACGGCAAAAGCGGCCACUAUGGAAUGCGCUACUGCAGUGCGCCAGGGCGCACGGCUCUUGCGCACAACUCCAUGUACCGAGUCUCCCAGGAGGCCCGUUUCCCCUACGACCUGCACGUCCGCAGCCAGUCCUUCCAAGCACAAGGGGAAGUUAAUGGCUCUUUCCACAAUUAAUCAAUCAGCUGGACUAAGUUCAAGUUUUAGAAGCGAUGCAAUUUCCCCCCGCAGAUGUCGAGAGUGGAACGCAAUGGACUCCAGACACGCUGAUGCACUGCAAAAAACGCUUGUUUUAAUUAGUCAUUUUGUGUGAAAUGUUUAUCGUUAUUUCCUUAAAAAAUGUAAAAGUCUGCAAGUUUAUUUGGUGGCUUCACGUGUUUCCAAUUCUUGUAUUGACAUGGGACAGGAAAAAGACGUUUUUUUUCAUCAUAAACAAAUGAACUCCCUUCAAUCUGUCAGCAAAUCUUUUGAUUAGUUAAAAAAAAAAAGUUCAGUGGGUCACUGUCAAAUUAAGUUUCCAGAAAUUCACAGUAAUGUAGAGAAGGCUUAUUUGUUCAAGUAGCAUUUUUUUUGCAGAGUGUAAGUGCAUUAUCUGUUCGAUGAUGGCUGUGCUGCAGUCAGGUUAGACAUCAGUCAGGUAGAGCAGAUUAACUACACACAUAAUUAGAUUUUUUAGAUUCCUUUGAUUGGGUACAGAGCCAGAGAGACAACUUUUGUGGGGAAAAUAUAACCAGCUAAAUAAAACAUCUGGGGAAUAAAAAUCUUAAGUGUUUGUACAUGAUCAGGGAAGUUUUUCUGAAUUAUUGGAGUUCACAGAUUCAGUGUGUGAGCAAUAAAGGUGAAUUGAGCUAUGCAAGGCAGCCAAAUGCAAUCUUAGCUUAUAAAAUAAUGAUAUAUGUAUAUUUAAUCUCACAGGGCGUUUCUUAUAAUCUAAUUAAACUGAUGACAAUUACACUCAUUUAAUUAUUUAAAAACUGUUUGGAGACGUUCACGUGUUAAGGAGACCUGACGAUGAUGUCAUCAGAAAUGGUCUUUUAAAAUCAGGAAGUUGUGGGGAAAUAAACUGUUUGUUUUGGAGUAAAUAGUGUGGUAACGAGGUGAAUGUAAAUUAUUAUUGUAUUUAUUGAUUUAUUUAAGCUUAUUUAAUAAAAGUCCGUCAAUUUGAAUGUGGAAAAUAUAUUAUAAAAAAUAUGGUAAAAUUCAGCGGUGUUAUACUUUUUGUGAUUUUGCUAACAUUUUACACUUUGUUGUUAAGAUUUAACUGCAGCUGAGAGAAGAGGACUGGAAAGGGAAUCAGUCUGUGUGAGGUGAACAAAAUGUUUAACAUGCCUUAAAAAAGAGAUGCUGACCAUCAAUAUGCAACGAAGUGACAGUUUUGGAUAGUUUGAUGUGAACUUUUGACACUUCCUGGUUCCUGCUGUGACGCACUUCACGUCUUUCUGCACAAUGUCGGUGACUGUAUCUCAUAAACUAUGUUGCUUUUGUAUCUUCGACCCGAAUGACCGACUGAUUAUUGUAUGAUCAUUUUUAAUUUCUCUAACAUACACACACUAUCUCUCUUGUGUAGGCUCCUCUUAACACACACACACACACAGAGACACUCACGCACACACACACACACACACACACACACACACCCACGCACGCACACACACGAACACAGUCCUCAGAACUCGUUAUGGAUCGAAAUCCUCGUGAAGUAAUGUGUUAAUGUUUUGUGAUGUGUUUGUCGCAAUAAAAUGAAGAGGCUGUGAGAGGCUUUAUGUUGGAGAGCAGCUUCUCAGCUUUCUGUGCAAAUGAUCGACAGCAGGCACGCGGCAGUUAUGAAAAAAAACAACUUGUUAGGAAAUAAAUCAGGAGGAAAAACGCCUCGGGCCGGAUUCUGUUUAUUUGUUUUGAAGAGGUUACAUCCCUUAAUAAGCUUGCACGAUCUCUCAAGACUUUUAUACACAAUGCGUGAAAGGCUCUUUGACUAUUUAGAUAAACAUAGGCACACUUUAACCCGUGGAGAAUUUCAGACUUUGAUUUAAUAUCAAUCUUCUAAUCUCACCUCAAGUUGGAAUUUUAAUG